AUUCGAUUGUUGAAUUUGUUUUUGUUGUGAUGGUCGGGAUUUAAAUGUCGUCUGUUACGAUAUGUCGGAAAGUGUUUAGGGAGAUGUAAACUUGGAACUGUGCAUUUUACCUGAAGGACAAUGUUCACAUGCGCCAGACAUUGCCUCAAACGAACUUCUGUGUUGUCAACAUGGCCAACGCAAUUCAUCAAGCAAAAGUUUCAUUCAUCUUCUUAUAGAACUCUGAAACGUAAGGACAGUGACUCCCAAACAGCGCAUCGAGGAAGGGAACAAAAGUUGAAGUCAACUUUGUACUAUUUAACUGCUGCAGGUGUUUUGACCGUCGGAUUUAGCUACGCUGCUGUGCCAUUGUAUAGAAUGUUUUGUCAGGCAUACAGCUAUGGUGGAACUGUCAGUAAACAUGAUGAUACAGGGAAAAUUGAAAAUAUGGAGAAGAAGUCUGACAGAGUCGUUAAAGUGAAAUUCAAUGCAGACUUGGGAGCAAGCAUGAGGUGGAACUUCAAACCACAACAGAAUGAAAUAAAGGUGCCAGUGGGUGAAACUGCAUUAGCAUUUUACACAGCAAGAAACCCAACUGACACGCCUGUUAUUGGAAUUAGUACUUACAAUGUGGUACCAUAUGAAGCAGGGCAGUAUUUUAAUAAAAUUCAGUGCUUCUGUUUUGAGGAGCAGCAGCUGAAUCCACAUGAAGAGGUGGACAUGCCAGUAUUUUUCUACAUUGAUCCAGAAUUUUCUGAAGAUCCAAAAAUGGAAUUGGUUGACACAAUUGUAUUGUCCUAUACAUUUUUUGAAGCAAAAGAAGGUCUUACAUUACCAGUGCCAUCAUUUGUACGAAAGUGAUAAACUGCUCUUAUAGUGUACAGAGAAGAAAAUCAGAUAUAUCAAUAAAAGUGGAAUGAUUUGUGACAAAA